UUUGCUUUAAUAUUAAUGAGGUUCUUUAAAUCUGUCAAUCUAAAAUAGGGAUUGUGCUUCUUUGAUCCUUUAGUCCCCUUGGAGAUCAAAAGAUUAACGAAAAGCGACAGCCAACUACAAAUCAAACUAUUAGGUAAGACACAUUUCAUACUUAACCAAAAUUGAAGUUGCACAUUUCUAUACUCUGUUUUCUCUUACUAACCCGCUGAUGUCGUUAUUCGGACAUGGCAGCUAAGAACAGUCAACUACAGGAGAGCUAUGAAAUACUCAGAAAAAAUCAAAGCCAAUUAACAGAUGAAGUAAACAGACUCAAGAAUCACAUUAAAGGAAAGUGGUGUCCUGAUGGAUGGACAAGAUUUGGAUGCAGCUGUUACUGUAAAUAUAAGGAGACAAAAUCGUGGUCUGACAGCAGGAAACACUGUCAAGACAGAGGAGCUGAUCUGGUGAUCAUAGACAGUCCAGAAGAACAGGACUUUGUGAAACAACUGAAUAAAGAGGGAGAAUCCUGGAUUGGUCUUCAACGCGUGUUGACAGGAACAACAGGGACGUAUGAGUGGGAAUGGGUGGAUGGAUCACCAGUGACAAAAAUGUUUUGGGAAGCAAGUUUGUCCAGGUAUGGGUAUGCAACAUGCUGCAAUGAUGAUGGGGAAUGGAUACGAAGAUAUUCAUCUUACCAUUAUGGCUGGAUUUGUGAAAAAUAGACAUAAAGAAACCACCAACUUCCUUUUUUAAGAUUAUUUUUUUCCUGGUGUCACAACACAUGGCUUUUAGUUUCCCUCAGAGGUUUAUCCAAAGGGACAAUGUAAGCAAAUCGUGACUAAUAAUGUUUUGAUUAGGUAUGUUGUAAAACUGACAUGGCUUACAAAUUAAGUCUUGGAUUUUUCUUACCCCAAAUCCGAUUAAUCAACUUUCUUCCCCUCCUCUUUACAAUAACAAAUUAAAGAAAUUAUUUUAGAAACUUGUUUUUAUGUCAAACAUUUCAUCUGGGAGUUGACCUG